CCGCCCCGGCACGGCACGGCACGGCCCCGGCGCGGAGCGGAGCGGAGCGGCCCGGCCAUGGCGCGCUCGCUCAACUCCAUCGUGGCCGUCAGCCAGAACAUGGGCAUCGGCAAGGACGGGCGGCUACCCUGGCCGCCGCUCAGGAAUGAGUACAAGUACUUCCAGAGAAUGACGAGCACCGCCCGUGUGGAAGGUAAACAGAAUGCAGUGAUAAUGGGUAAAAAAACGUGGUUCUCCAUCCCUGAGAAGAACCGUCCUUUAAAAGACAGGAUUAAUAUUGUGCUCAGCAGGGAGCUCAAGGAAGCCCCAAAAGGAGCACAUUAUCUUUCCAAAAGUCUGGAUGAGGCUCUAGCUCUUUUGGAUUCACCGGAGCUGAAAAGUAAAGUAGACAUGGUUUGGAUCGUGGGAGGCACUUCAGUGUACAAGGCAGCAAUGGAGAAGCCAAUUCAUCAUCGAUUGUUUGUGACAAGAAUCUUGAAAGAGUUUGAAAGUGACACAUUUUUUCCAGAAAUUGACCAUAAAGACUACAAGCUUCUAACAGAGUACCCAGGUGUCCCUGCUGAUAUCCAAGAAGAGAAUGGGAUCCAGUACAAAUUUGAAGUGUAUGAAAAAACUGUCACGGCACAAUAAGGGAGGCAUUUUGUACUUCUGUGUAACGGCAGGUAUUUUAAACCAUGAAAUUUUACCGAGUGUAAAGAUUUAAAAUUAAAAUUUUGAAGAAAAUCAUGCCUGAUGGUAAAAUACCUCAGUAGUGAAUGGUUCCAAAAACCCCACCCCACACUUUGAAGGCACACCCUGCCGAAGGGGGUCUGAGCAAUUCCACGACAAAGGUUGCAGGAGACCUUGCACUGAUCCUACAAUCCAUGGCAGCAUCCCUGACAAUUCCACAGAUGAGGAAAGGCAUUAGACUGUGUUAGAGCUUUUCUGCUGAAUCAAAGAGUUUUAGCAUCUCUCUUCUUGUUGAAGACACGCUGCACUGAGAAAGCACCAAUCCUCCCAAGUUUGACUGGGGUGCUGUAUCCAUUGAUAACAGCCCUAUUGGGGUAGGGGUAAAGGUAAGGCAGGGGAAGGGGGAUCAGGAAGUCUCAUGCAGCAGUUGAGGGGUGCACUGAUCCAGGGCCUGUUGUCAGUGUUCAGGAGCACACAAUCACAGAAUGAUUAAAACACGUGCUUUUAUUGAAGAGCUCUGGGUGCUCUUUUUAUGCCCUUAUCAUUAUAUAACUAUAUAUUAAUUAUUCAGCUUAUAUUGUUCUGUUGUAUGCAUUGAUUUCAUCUGAGCAUGGAUUCUGUAAUUUCCAUCAAGCCCCCCCAACAUCAUUUCUCGUUGUUUUUGUUACGAUUAAACAAUAAUUAUGUUCAGUUAAGAAACAGUCAUCACAUCUAACAAUCAUAUCAUUUAUCACAGUCAUUAAAUGAUUAUACAGGUGCAGCCUAACGUUUUCCCAGGGCCUACCACCAGCCCUGUCCUUCCUAAAGCCUAAAAAUAUUAGGCUUUAUAAUAUAAUAUAAUAUAAAUAUAUAAUAUAAUAUAAAAUUCCUAAAUACUAAAAAUAUUAAAUAAACUGGUAGAAUUUACACUGAUGUUCCCUUAGAAUAUCAGCUGUGAGCACCCCUUGAAUUUCCCAUGGCACUUUACUACAACACCUAGCUGAUAAAAAACAUAUUUGUUGCAGCACCUGCUCUGAGUUGUCUCAGCUUUCUCUGUGUUUCCUUUGAAACUGUAAGCACUUCCCUGUAUUGAUCUUCUUGUUCCGUGUGCUGAUGUUACAUCAAUCGAUAAAAACAUGUUUAUGCUUACAUAAUGCAGCAAGUAGUCUCCAGAGUUUGAAAUUGACAGCACAUUGUUGAAGGGGAGGAAAGAGACUGCUGCCAGGGAGAUGUCAUUUGUUUUUUUUAGAUGCGAGUCACAGUGACCCUGGCAAGAGAAUAACCUCCCGAAAGUGUUUAAAACAUACCUGUUAUAGGUCAGUGUUGAAAGCUCUGACAGUUUGCAAAGUACUGUGUUUAGGACAGCUGACAUUUAUUAAAAGUGGGAGAAAAGACUUCAUGCAAUGUUGGCUGAGGCCAACAUACAUUAGAAACUUUGUGCCUAAGUGCAGAGAUAGGGUUCACUGAGGCCAGGAUGUUUUGUAGCAUCAUUUCAAAGAACUUUUACCUUGGGUGCAAAAACAAGCCUGCUGAGAACAUAAGUGGUUAUUCUUGAUUCUUUGUGGACUCACUCAGUCCUCCAGAUUUAACCAUGUCCUUUGUCAGAUACAACAACAAAUUAAGUUAAUUGACGUUUCGUGGAAAUGCGAACUUCUGUCUCCUACUUGAAACUUUUCAGAACAUAAUGCUGUUCAUUUAGUGUGGCUCUCUGCCACAAAGAUCCAUUUUUGUUUGGCGUGGUUUUCAGCAGAAGCACUGCAUUGGGACAGCACCUUUUGUACCACAGCUUUUCAAUGUACAGAGCCCUGUCGAGAGCUAGGAGGAUGCAUUUGGCUGCAGUGAAGCUGAACCUAAAAUCAUGUUCACCCCACAGAUGGACAGCCCAGGCACCACUCUUUACCACACCAAGGUGAAAGGCUUGCUCUCUCAGGGUGGGUGUGGGUCUGUGCUCAGCAAGCACACGCAGACUGUUUGCUCUCAGUGUAUUGUGAGGGUGGUUACCUCUGUUACCUGGCCCCUGUUACUUGCCCAGGGUAAAAAUAAGUCUCUCAUACUGUGGCUUGAAGAGAAAAAAAACCUGUGUUCCAAAUGCGUCUUCCCCAUGUUUUGUUUACUCCACCUCAUUGAUGAAUGAUUCCUUGAAAAGCCAUAGAUUCUCAUUAUGUCCAGUACAGGGGGAAAUGUCAUGUUUUUACCCAGUUGCAUGCAGCUAAGUGCAAUGAACAGCAUCAUGAGUGACAGUGUAAUUACCAAUCACCAAGAAAAGUCUAUACAGGUAUAAUUUAAUCCCCCUCAUUCAUGCUUUACCAGGAACGAACUGUUCCAAACAUAUUAAAAUCUUAAUUUUCAAAGAUAAUACUAGGUUUAACAUGAUAGCUAAAACCAGAGGGUUUGCAUAAAAAGUCAAAAACAAACAUAAAUGUUUUUAUUGCUUGUCUAUUACUCAUUAUCUCUUAUCUGACAGUGGACAGCGAUUUCCAUUUGGCUGUAGAAAGCUGAUGUUUUCAGUAGUGUUAGAGCCACGGUGUAUUCAAGGUCAGAGCUGGGAACAUUCCAACAACAAAUCUCUAUCGUGGACAGCAAUCCGUGGAAAAGAAAGGUACACUCUGAAAAAUAAGUUAGCUAAUUUAGCAAAUAAAAUACUAUUAGUAUUUAUACAGAAGAGCGGGGGAAAAACAGGAAGGGGAGAAUAGCAAUGAUUACCUUAUUCAGGUUAUCUGAGGAGAGCACUGGUAGCACUUGACUUGACAUCUUAGUGGGGAACAGACAAUUGUGUUGACUUCAUCUGACAACAGCUAAUUUGCUGGGGACUUAAACCUAAACCCAAACUUAGCCUGACUUAAAAAGUUUUGCUAGCAGAAGACGGUGUGAGCAGGCAGAGGCAGCAGCUGACUUGGAGGGAAGGGUUGUUCUUUAAUCAGGAUAGAAAAUUCGGUGACAGAUGAGCCUGGUAAAGUACAAAACUGGGAGAUGCCUCCCUUGUUGUUGUUCAGGUGUGCAUGAGCUGUUUCUGCUUGCCCUGGAGGGCUGUAGGAAUAAAGCCAACCAAGUUAGGGUAAGGCUGGCUGAAAAAUCUGAAGAAUCCUGAAACAGAAAAGUGGAAGAGGAGAGAGAUCGUUGUGUCUCCUUUCUCUAACCUCAAAGCAACAUUCAUACAAAGAAGCCUUUUGUUAGAUUAAUUGACAUGGUUGGAAAAAGAAUAGAUGAGCUCUUAAGCAGAGGUCUGUUCUGAUGACAUUUUCAGGACUUUUUUUCGACUGACUUAGACAAUGGCUUACAUUGCAAAAGUUGUCUGUUCAUCUCCAAUUAAAUUGCGUGGGUUAAAGUAGAUUAUCUUUCUUCAUAUAUCUUGUUUUGCUCUUUUUAUCAUUUGAUGGUUUAGCUACAGCAUUUCUAUAUCCUCUUCAGUCCCUGAGCUGUAGUCCUCACCAUUCUGUUCCUUAUCUCUUCAGUUGUCCCAUUGGAUGCUGCAUUGAAAAUUUACAGAAAUUCAGAGAAUUGGGUUGAUCAAGAGACCUAGGUAUUUCAAAUAGAUGUCUCUUAAGUAUGUGCUUAUUUAUGAUUAAGGGAUGGUGAAGUGGGUUUUUUUUUUUAAAUUGGGCCUCAUAUUUGCCUAAGCAAACAAAGCUGUAGGCAUGAAAAUAAAUAUUUUGUUAAGUGAUGUCUGCUGUGGAAAAAAAAAAGGAAAAGUAAAUGCAGAAUAAACAGAACCUGAGAGGGCAAGAAAUGAAUGAUACACCAUUACCCAUGGAGCCCUAAAUCAAUCUCUUUUCCUUCCUUGAACAGUUCAGUUUAACAAGUUCCUAACACCAAGCAGAGUCUUCUUCAGUAAGCAAGCCAUUAUUCAAAGCCACACAAUCAUUUAUAAAUUAUGUCAUUGAUUUAAUUGAGAUGGACACUUGCAUAAAACCAGAAUAUUUUCACGUUCAUGCUUCCUCCAAAUGCAGUUUUCCACACAAAACCCUGCUGGGAAUACUCACAUUGGUUUUGGACAGCUGUCCCAGUGGAUGGAUUACCAGCCCUUCUCUGGAGAUCCCUGCUUCACCUCAAUAACUUAAAAUGGAUUGGGCCACUGAAUUGCACUAAAGGUUGUUCAGUUGUACUAAGGAGCACUUUAGAAGCGUUUAGUCUUUUUAGUUCUGUAUCAGUACCUCAUUGAACAUGUCCAAAAAAGCUCCUGGAAAUUAUUUCUUGUGAAAACAGCUGGGAAAAGAGCUUCAUUUUCACAAGAGCACUUUUAAUCACUAUACCUCCUCUUGUUAGGUUUUGCUCAAAAAGAUUAAAAUUUAGAUCUGGUCCCAUCAGCGGUCCUAGGUGGAAAACCUCAUUAAUGUAACAUAUCUAAGUUUAGAAUGAUUUAUUUUUUUCUAAUUAAUUUUAAAUCCUUUUUUUCUCGUGUCUGUUGAGUUGUUUAUCAUGGUAAAAGGCAAUCCAUUUGACUGGAGCUCUUUACUCAGAGUAUUUUUGUGCAUAUUGCUAUUUCAGGCCAAUCAAAAUUGAUUUCUUUAGUGUUGAUUCUCAGUGGCUGUCAUGAAAUUAUGGUUAUCUUUCCAAUGGAAUCAUGUAAAUUCUGUUCCUUUUGUUGCAGACUAGUUUCACCUUUUUUUCUGCACAGUUCACUAUAUUUUUUUCGUAGUAUGUAAUUCAGAUUCUUUUAGAAACUGCUCCAGACACAGAAGUACAGCCAGUGUUCUGCUGCAUUCUAAACAACCAUUUAUAAACGUAUGCAUGAGAAAGGUUCUGCUCUAAGGAUGUUCACAGACUGUGGGAGCUGGCAAAAGAUAGUUAUCCCCUGAGCCUGCUGAUUUAUAGCAGACAGGAAGGCAGCACUUGAAUUGUGCAGCCUUGCAAAGGCUGGUGCCUGUGGAACAAGACAUUUAUUGCAAUAUAUUCUCUAAAGCUGUUAGAGGGAGCCCUGCUUCCGUCACCAGCCACAAUUAUUCCUGCAAGUGUCACAAGUGCAGUUCCCACACACACUCCGUUUUUUAAUCGAAGUACUUGGCAAUAAACCACCAAACACUUCAGAGAGAUUAUUUAUCCAGGCAGAAAGCUCCAUGUCCUAAAUAGCUAAUCAAGGCGUGCUUGAUGGAAGCCAGGAGAUACCUGGGCACUGGCAUGAUCUGCCUGGAGGCAGAGGGUCACACCAGAGCCUGGCGGGCCCACGGAGCAGGGACAGUGCAGUGCCACGUGUGCCUCCAAAUUGCCUGGGAAACAAACCAAUAACAUGACAAGGCUCUCCUCUAGAUUUUACACCGCACGCAUGGGGCUUUUGUGAGACACUUCAUAGACUCCUAAUUCCUUCUGUUUGGUUUUGGUCAUUAUUUUUGAAGCACAAAACAUAGCACUCCACUUCUCUCUUAGACCUCUCAAAUGAUGUCUCUACAUCACUACCAUAAUCCCCUUUCAAGAAUUUGAACAAGCAAGCAGCUGUGCCUGUUACAUUUUAGAUGUAUUUUUAAGAACACUGUUGUUUACAACAUGAGCGCCUUCCUCUCAGCAAACGGUUCUACUACAAUAAACAUCUGCCUCUGUACCCAAUGGUUUAGAAUGUAUUUAGGUAUUUGAUGCAUUUAUUUUUAUGAUUUACCAAAUUAGUAUAUCAUAAAAAAAUGGUUUCAGGUUCUGGGUUUUUUUUUUUUUUUCAGUCAUCCCAACUAAACCAAGUUAAUUAGGCUUCUAUAUUUUUCCAUUCAUUCACCAUUUUGAAAAUAAUUCUAUGCACUAAUACCUAAUAAAGUAACUGAAUUACUAGAAUGGCUUAUGUUACAUCAGUGGCUUAUCAUACAUCAGGUUCAAAAAUUUACAGGGCAGUGAACUAAUAUAUAAGUAAUUACAUGUGUAAGCAAUCAUGGCUCCUUCCCUUGAAUGAGUUCUUGCUGGUGUAGGCUGAGGCUGACCAGUACCAAACCGACACGAUAGAGUGUUUACAAUUUCUCAUGGGAAGCAAAAUCCCAAACUAGGGCAGGGGGUGAGGAUGUCAGAUCGAAUUUAACUAUUUCCAUUCCUUUCCUUUCUUUUAUCCUCCUGUGAACAAAGUGGAGCAGCUGACCUGGCUGAUUGCCAGGAUCCCCAAGACCCAGGAAAGGCCCGACUGUGGCUGAUGACACUUGGGCCCCACAGGUGUGCCAAGCCAAGCCAGGGCUUUCAGCUCUGAGACUGCCUUCCCAAAGCAGGCUCCUGGGCUCCAGGCUGCAGUCCAGCACUGGGCUUAAAUUUGUCAUUUUCCUGCCUACCUGCCCAUAUUUGGGCACAGUUAAUCCAGAAUCAUCCACCUGGGGCCAUGCUGUGAUCUCAGAAAUGCCCGUCAGGUUGUGGCCUUGACGAGCAGCACCUCAGGGGCUGAGCUCCUCCAGAGCUACCAGAGACACUGCCUGCUCCCAGGACCUGGUGCUGGCUGAUGAGCAAGUGCAAGUGGAUGAACAUUUUCCUUGUUGAACAUUCUGAGAAAGUUGCCGAGCAGAAUUGCAAUCCGGACGGGAUGUUGCUGUGACUAACACUGUGAGCCUACAAACAUUGGGCCUGACGUUGUGACCCUACAAACAUUGGUGCUAAGUGAGUCCUUCCUGAGCUGGGGGGUAUUCCCCACAAGGAUGAACCUGUAGGUUAAAGGAUUGUGCACACCUGAGCAGGCUCUGGCUCCAUGAGUGUGCGACUCUGAAUGUGCUGCACCAAAUGGAGUAGGAAUGUUGCUCUCUGAUUCCUAAAUGCACUAGAUCCGUAAGUCAGGCCUGUGAGUUACUGUCAUCCUUCUAGUAAAUUCUACAGAGUCCUUUGUUGAAUUCUUUGAAUUAGGGUAUUAAUUCAGUGCCACUAUGUUUAAGUGCUGUUAAAUCUUUAGGCCUAAAUCUUGGGUAAAGUCUGAGGCUACGUUUUGCAGGGAGGUCCAUUCUGAACCCUGUGACUCAGUGACAGGGUCUCCCUUAUCCCUUUGCAUCCUCACCCUUUCCCAUUCUCUUUCUCCUGUUCUCAGCCUCCACAUAUAUCACUUUCAUUUGAUUUUAAUUUUAGAUUGAUUGACUCUCUGCGCUUGAGCUGUGAGUAGUAGAGUGAAACAUGUCAAUGAACUGUGCUGCACCUUCACUUUUAUGUUAAACCUGAUUUGGCAAUACCUUUUCCAGUGAUUCUUCGAGCAACCUAAAAGUAUCUGUUUGUGACAAACAUUUUUAGUUAAUGAAAAUUGUUAUUAGAAUUCUGCAACCAUGGCACUUUCUCCUGGUACAUAUCCAGGUAGCCCAACUGUCGGUGAAAUACAGGAGAGGGUUAUCAAGAAGUAUGAUAAACAAAUAUGCCAUGUGCAUAUGCAAACCUCUUCUGUGUUUUAUAAUAAAAUUUGUGCUUCAUA